AUGCUGCGCCAAACGACUCUCUGGCUGCUGUACGCCGUCGCGCAAGCCAUGGUCGCAACUGAACCCCGCAGUGUACUGAACGAAAUGCAAGCCGCCGGCGCCGCCGUCGACGCGACCGGCUUCCGCGCGCCGCGCGCCGCGUGCAUGGAAGCGACGGAGUGGGAGGCGCCGCCCGAGGGCGUCGCACGGGCAGCGUGGGAGGAAUGCGACUCCCGAGAGCGGCUGGCAGUAAAGCUCGCGCGUGCGUGGGCUGACGGCGGCUGCGAAACGCCCGAGGCGUCGCCGGACCCGCUCCGACCGGUCUAUUGGGACAUCGACGAGCUCCGGUCGCUCGCGACGCCUGCGGCCACGGCGCGGGCGCGGCGCGACCGGCGGCGGCGGGACAAACUCCGGGCCAUGGUCGACGCAGAUUCUGCGACGAAAAUCGACGCGGCGGUGGAUCUGGUCGACGCCCGGGCGGCGCGCGGCAACUUUGGCGCGAGGGGCGCAGCGCGCGUAAGGAACGUCGCGGGUACUUUGGUCGCUGGUGCACUGGUCGCAACGUCGACGCUGCCGCCGGAGAUUUCUGAGGAGAUCGGACGGUCCUAUCCGUUCCGUCUGACCUUCGUCGUCGCGGCCCUCGCGGCCCUGGCGUGCCGCGCGCCCGACGCGGUCCUCGUGCCGGGCGCCCACCUCUGCGCCGCGGACGGCCGAAAUGGCCUCGAGCCGCGCUACGACGCCUGGCGCGACGAGAUCUCGUACGAGGGUUCCGUCGACGACGAGCCGGUGCGUCUCGCACCACCGGUGGCGUCCUCAAGCCUGGACCUCCUCUUCGACCGAGCCGUUGUGGGGGGUCGGAGCGAGCGCUCCUUGGUCGUCGACGGCGCGGUGGCGCUGGUGGGCGAGGACCUGCGCCUGCGGGCGCCACCCUUCGACCCGCGCGAUCAUGACGACCCGCGGGACGCUGCCAAGCACUGGAAGCCCUUCGCUGCCGCGCCUCGCGACUACCUGCCGUUCCAGGCGGCGGCGCGGCGGGACCUCGCGAAGCUCCGGGCGGCGAAGGACGUCGCGCCCGCGGACGACGUGUCGCGCCGGCGCCGAGACCUCGCUCGGGCAUUUCGGUGCGAGCAGGAGCGGCUGCUGGCUCGGUUUGUGGGUUUGUAA